AAUUUGUAUCACAGAUUACAUUAUAUUAUUACAAUACCACAACGACCAUGAAUAUACAGACAUGUCUGCAAAAUAACACUGCGUCACCGCUGAUGUACAUCAUAGAAUAAAAUAUAAUAUUACUGUCGAUUUUUUUCAUCAUACAAUCGUAAAAUCUCAAAGUAAUAAUAAUACGACACCACGUCUUGAUAGCUGCCAAAAUUAAUAUCAAUUUCAAUAUGGCCGACACUGGCGUAAAAUGCGCAGUGAUAGUGUAAUUUGGUUAUCUUGCUGACAUGCUUGUAUAUUAAGCCAAGACGACGGCCAUGUCGCGAAUUGCGAUCUGGUAGACACCAGGCCUACGUUUUUCGCCUAGCCGUUUUGUGGGUUUUUUUUCCAAAUUUUGAUUCAUAACAGAAAACAAUUGUAGGAUCACCGUAAGCGCACUAGAUGGUUAUUUAAAUUUUUCCAGGUACUUACGCUUCAGCAAUCAACACGGUCCGGAAAUGUUAGAUUCCGUACGUCCUCUGUCAGCGAGCUGAAACAAAUCUUGUAAACACAUAACAACAUGGCUAGACCGGAAUUCAAGCCCGAACUGCACAAGAAAUAUUUUCGCCGCUCGCUGGAUCUGUUACCCAGCGAAUCCGCGAUGUUCGACUAUUCACGGCUCACUAUACUCUAUUUCGGGCUCGUCGGUCUGGACAUACUAGGUGGUUUGGAAUCGCUAACCGACCAGUACAAGAGGGAUAUCGUCGAUUGGGUGUACAAGCUGCAGUUAGUGCCCAACGAGAAUUGCCCCGAACACAAGUGCGGUUUCAUGGGGUCAACCACCGUGAUAAAUUUGAAAACCGAUCCCAAGUGCGACAAGUAUUGCGAGAGUAAUGUCGCCAUGACCUACAUGGCGUUAUGUAUAUUGAUCACGUUGGGAGACAACCUGAGCCGUGUCAACAAAACUGCUGUACUCCGGGGUGUAGCGUCCCUGCAAAAAUCCGAUGGCAGUUUCAGGAGCAACUACGAACACGGCGAGAGUGAUUUAAGAUUUAUGUACUGUUCACUGGCCAUAUGCAACAUAUUAAACGAUUCGUCGACUAUUAAUGUAAAUAAUGCCAUCAAAUUCAUUUCAAAUUGUUUCAAUUAUGAUGGAGCUUUUGGACAAAAUCCAGGAACUGAAUCCCAUGGUGGUUCUACUUAUUGUGCAAUCGCUUCAUUGUCUUUGUUGGACUCUUUGAGUCUAGUACUAGAUAAAAAAAAAUUAAAAAUUUUAGAACGGUGGGCAGUCAAUAGACAAAUAUGUGGUGGUUUCCAGGGAAGACCUAACAAGGAUCCUGACACCUGUUAUUCUUUCUGGUUGGGCGCCACACUCAGUAUCAUGGGAUCAUUAGAUAGAAUACAUAAAGAUAGAAAUAGAAAUUUUGUUCUUAAUAACGCUAACCAGUUGACUGGGGGGUUCAGUAAAAACAUGGACUCUAUACCAGACCCAAUGCAUACCUGUUUAAGUCUUUGUGGAUUGAGUUUAAUCGGUGAUGACAACCUAAAUCCCAUUAAUCCAGCUUUAAAUAUUACUGUUAGGGCAGCUAAUUACUUGAGACACAUCCAAUAGUAAAUUCCAAUCUGUAAAAAACUAAAUAAUUAUUUACUGCUACAUUUAUACAUUUCAUAUUAUUUAUAUUUAAUUAUAAGAUAUAUUACAACAAAUUUAAUAUUGAAUUGUGUGCGCAUAAAAUAUGACUGAUGUAUAUUUUUUAUUUAUUUUUUUGUAAAUUUGCAAACAAUAAGAAUCGUUUAAUAUGUUGUGUACUAAAUGAAAAAUAUUUACUCUAAGGAUAAAUGUAAUUUUAUAUAUUAUACCUUUUAUAAUUGUUAAUGUAUUAAUUUAUAUUUUAUUAUUUUAUUAUUUGCGCAUAUCAUUGAUAAUUAAGUAUCAAUUAUUUGCAUUCACAGGUUUACAACACAUGUACCCAUUAUGCUGUGAUGUUAAUAAUAAUAAUAUAAAUUAAAUAAAAAGGUGACAAUCUAAUUAAACUUUGUUAACAUAACACUGUAUGUUAUAUCUUUGUUUAUUUAAAUUUAUACAAAUAAUAUGUACAAUCGAUUAUAAUAUUUAUGUGUGGAAAUAUAUUGUUUAAUAUAAAAUUUAUUAGUACGAAACAGACUUUAGAAAAUAUAAAUUGGUACCUACAGUUAGUUUAUUUCGCUUAAUAAAUACACUUUCCUAAUA